AUGGCAAGAAUAAAAAGUGUAACAUCACGUACUGGUAUGCUAUUGGAUGGAAACACAACCAGAUUACCAUUAGCUUUAAAGCCGUCGAAUAGUAGAGUGUCAUCCUCUUCAUCGUGUACAAUUGAAUUAUUAUCACCGAUAACAGCUAAUACUGAUAUAAAUUCGACAUUAACUUCAAUCAGUGAUCCACCAUCAUUAUUAGCUUCGUCAAAAGAAAAAAAAUCAUCUUCAAGUAUAAAAAAAAUGAAAAAGACAAAAUCACAAUCCAAAGCAGUAAUCAUCGAAUCAGAAGCUGAUGAAGAAGAUACUGAUAUUCAAAAUGGUGCAGAAGCACAGUAUGACCUUAUUACAAGUAUACAUGAAUGUGGUGGUAUUGAUCAGUUUUUGGAAGCUCCAUGUAUGAUAUUGUAUAAGCGUUUUUUGGCUGGUCAAGAUUCAGUACGUGGUGUUGAAAAAAUUCAUGAAACUAAACGUAGUAGUGGUAAUGCACAAUCUGAAAUUCAUUCUUCCAAUAAAAAUGUGAAAUAUGUACAAUCUAAAAAUAAAAAUGAUGAUGAAGAAGAAAAAUCGGAUAUUGAAAAUAUUGAUGGUAAUGACAGUGGAACAAUGAAUAGUAGAACAACUGAAUUAGAAGGUGAAGAUGAAAAGAUACAAGUACCAAGUGCUAGUGAAGAUGAAAUUGUAGAAGAAGGAACAUCACAAACAAAUAUGCCAAUUGGUGAUACAAAACGUAAAAAUAUCAAUUACAAAGGUGGUUCAAAAAAUUGUGGACUUUAUAUGUUUCUCAACAAAUAUCAAGAAGUAAAAGAAUGUGUCAACAACGUUUUGAGUUACGGCCGAGAACACGGUGUAUUAAUGUCCGGCGUCCAAUUGAAAACGUUAUUGGACAUCCAGAACGUUGAAAUUACUAAAAAUAGAGCCUGUGCUAUUGUUGAACUUAUUUCAAACUAUGUGGAAGUCGUGAGCAAUCCACAUUUCGUACCACCUACGGCACAAAAAUCACUUUUUGAAUAUUAUGGUGAUGGUUCAGAAUUAACUGCAGUAUCUCCCGCUAAAUCAAUACCAAUUCCACGAUCAAUAAUGAUCGAAUAUAGGGAAGAAGAGAGCAAGAAGAAAAAAACUGAUGGUGAUAACAAACGUGGGAAAGAAGAACAAGAACCACCUUUGGAAAUGAAAAAGAAAAUAGAUGCAGAAAACUAUAAUAGUGAAGCUGCAACUAAGAUGAUGGAAGUUGAUGAUGAAAAAAUCAAUGAAAAUCAAACCAAUUCAAUUGAUAAUAAACAAAACAAUAAAAAAGAAAAGAAAAAGUUAAAUGAAAAUAAUUCAGAAAAAGGUCGUAAUAUUUCAUCAUCACAUAAUCAUUUGAAAAGACCUGUCAUUAAUAACGAUCGUGAAAGUAGUAGUGACAAUACUGGUAUUAAUUCAACAAAAAGUCCAUCAAAAAUAAAAAAUGUUGUUGAACGAUGUACUUCUCCAAUUCCUGGUAAAACUCAUUCUUCCAUUACAAUUUGUACAGAACGUCGAUUAUCACCAUUAUCAUCUUCAUGGUCUACAGUCUCUACAAAUGAUCAAAUCUCAUCAACUGAUGUUUCACAUUCGAUUUCACCUCAACAUUCAAAUGCUGCUGAUAGUACCACCAAAACAUCAUCAUCACUCCUACAACAAAGUACACCAUCACAAACAAAACAAACAAAUGUUUCUAUUAAGAAAGUUGACACUGCUCAAACACCAAAAGAUUCUAAACGACGAUCAUAUGGUUUACGUUCAAAGGCAAAAAGAAAACAACCUCAACAAUCACCAACCGAACAUUCAAAUACAGCACCACCUGCUCCUCCAUCAAAGAAAAAAAAAAUUGACAGCAGCAAAAAAUCUGCAGAAAAAUAUCAAAUACUAACAAAACAAUUGGGCAAAAUUCCAAAGAAAAUACAUACACCAUCAGCAACAGUUACUUCAAAUGCUAAUUGA